AUGAAUAGCGCAACGGUAGCUUUCUCUGAUGGCAGCGGGGUGUCGGCCUACAACGCGCAAGCUUCUCCUAACCGCCUGGACUUCGUCGCUAACGUUAAGGGACUUGGUCGAGAUGGCCUCCCUGAUAGCGCUAAUGAAAGCCUUAGAGUUCGCCUUGCAGCGCUUAAUUUCCUCCUUGGUCUUGGUAGCCGUAGUUUUGACACCCGCAAGUCCGCUUGCGCGCAGCGAUUCACGCACGAACUUGAUGACCUUCGUGGAGCACCCGCGCUUGAUCACGACUCUUGGCAUGCUCUUCCUGGGCGCCCUGAACACGCGUUGCACAGGUGUAGAGUUAACAAGUGCGCACAUGUCGGCGUUCUUGAGGAGUCUGGUCGGCAUAAGCUUGACGUACUCGUCGACGGCCUCGAAGGCAGACUUGCUCCAAAUGCAGAGCCUGCCAAGAGUUCCAGCGGGCGCAAGCUUGAGGAGGUUGAGCCUCUCGACGGAAGCGACCUCCACACCAGGAAUGUUCCUGAACGCCCUCCUGCCUUCUACGGCAGAGGCCCUGAGAAUAAUAAGAGGUCCUACGGGCCUCUUCUUGCGGCCAUCCCUGGCGUGUCCCCUGACCUUGCUAACCCUCUCCAAUUCAGCAGCAAGGCCGAUGGUCUCCAGGAACUUUACGGCAUCCUUGGUCUUGUUCAGCUGCUCAAUGGAGUCGUCCACCACCAUCGGCACCUCACGUAG